AUCAAUGAAAUUCGUGCUAAUCAACCGUUGCUCGCGGAAAGUAGACGCCUGCAGUCACGAGAAUGGUCCGCGUGUGUGACAGCGAACGCCGUCGUGUGAAGUGCAUUCGUCGAGAAGUUUAACCGAUCGUCCGCUGCUCGCACCUGGCGUCUCUCGCCAGUCUCAUCCAUCGCCGUGUGUGCGUUCUGCGUCCCGCUUUCUUUUCGUCCUGCACGAACAAUCUUGCUCCGCGAACGUACCAUUGACGUGUACAGGAUUACGACAAACGCGAAACGUUCCGUGCGUCCGGGAUCGCAGUGACGUAUUCCUACCUCGGCUACGUGUGACGAAUUCCACGCCAACUGCUACUGUGAGUCUAAUAACAGACUUUUGUGGUGCAACAUAGAAUACGGAGCCAGCGAUCGUAAUUUCACGUUAAGCCCGAAACAAAGCGAAACGAAGUCGGGCGAACCGGAGGCUGAACCAAACGCCGAUCGAAAGAGCGCGCUCUCGGCCAGGAAAACUGGAUCACGAAACCCUCAGCCAGCAUAGUCAUGUAAUUCAGUGGACCACGUGCACAGUGCGUCUGAUCUGCCUUUAGACUCGGUAGCGAACGAUCGUUGAAGAGAACCGCCUGGUCGGACAGGAAGCUCGUCGCACCUCCAACCGCGAAGGAUCGGGUGAUGAGCUCAGGAUACCAGACGACCGGCCCCGUCACAACAUGUUCCGCUCGAAAAUUCGCAUUCACACCUGUCAAGUGAUACUGCUCACGUCCCUGGCAUGGUUCCUCGUGGACGUGAUGGUAUUAAUGCUUUAUUCGGACUGCAUCGGAGGGUCCGGAUGGGGUUGCACGACGAACAACAAGCAACAGCAGGUAUUCACAGAGGAGAGUUUGCCCGAUUCGAAGACCGCGUUGAAGGGGGAUGAACCAAGUCAGUCGGCGGGUCCACUAAACAAGAGAAGGUACAAGCAGUCAGAGCUGUACCUAUGGAGGCCGGCUAAGGUAGUUCGAGAGAACAAGGGGAUGCCAGGUGAGAUGGGUACGGCGGUGCACAUUUCACCAGAGGACGAGGCUAAGCAGCAGGAACUGUUCAAGCUGAAUCAGUUCAAUCUGAUGGCCAGCGAUAUGAUCGCACUAAAUCGUUCCCUGAGGGAUAUCCGAUUGGAAGGCUGCAAGACGAAAAAGUAUAGCAAGUACUUGCCGAACACCAGCAUCGUGAUAGUGUUCCAUAAUGAGGCGUGGAGCACGCUGCUGAGGACAGUUUGGUCGGUCAUCAAUCGGUCUCCGCGCACACUGCUCAAGGAGAUCAUAUUGGUGGACGAUAAGAGCGAGCAAAAUCACUUGAAGGCAGACUUGGAGGACUACGUAAAAACGCUACCAGUCCCAACGUAUGUGUACCGUACUGAGAAGAGAUCGGGUUUAAUCAGAGCUAGGUUGCUUGGAGCGAAACACGUGAAAGGACAAGUUAUAACCUUCCUGGACGCCCAUUGCGAAUGCACGGAAGGUUGGCUAGAACCUUUGCUAGCCAGAAUUGCUGAAGACAGAACCACCGUGGUCUGCCCCAUCAUUGAUGUGAUUAGCGACGAUACCUUUGAUUAUAUUCCAGCCAGUGAUAUGACUUGGGGUGGUUUCAAUUGGAAACUGAAUUUUAGAUGGUAUAGAGUGGCACAAAGAGAAAUGGACAGAAGAUUGGGAGAUAGAACAGCUCCUCUGAGAACACCCACGAUGGCCGGUGGGCUAUUUUCUAUUGAUAAAGAAUAUUUUUACGAAUUGGGAGCGUACGACGGAGGCAUGGAUAUUUGGGGCGGUGAAAACCUCGAAAUGAGCUUCCGGGUGUGGCAAUGCGGUGGGACGUUAGAAAUCAGUCCAUGUUCACAUGUUGGUCAUGUGUUCCGAGACAAGAGUCCGUAUACAUUCCCUGGUGGUGUCAGCAAAGUAGUCCUACACAAUGCCGCUAGGGUGGCCGAAGUCUGGAUGGAUGAGUGGAGAGAUUUUUACUAUGCCAUGAACCCAGGAGCUCGAAAUGUAGCUGUUGGAGACGUAUCUGAAAGAAUUAAGUUAAGGGAACGUCUUAAAUGUAAAAGCUUUAGAUGGUAUUUGGAAAAUAUUUAUCCUGAAUCUCCUAUGCCACUAGAUUAUUAUUAUUUGGGUGAUGUACAAAAUGUUGAAACACAAUCUUGUUUGGACACUAUGGGUAGGAGAGCAAGUGAAAAUGUUGGAAUUAGUUAUUGUCAUGGAUUGGGUGGUAAUCAGGUGUUUGCUUAUACUAAACGACAGCAAAUUAUGUCUGAUGAUAUGUGCCUUGAUGCAGCUAGUCCCCAAGGUCCUGUCAAAAUAGUACGAUGUCAUGGUAUGGGUGGAAAUCAAGCAUGGGUAUAUAACGAAGAGACAAAGAUGAUUAAACACACUAAUACAGGACACUGCUUGUCAAUACCUCGUUCGAAUGACGCAAUACAACCUGUCUUAGCACCUUGUGAUCCAUAUAACGCCGGCCAAAAGUGGAUUAUGCGUAGUAAAUUUAAAUGGCAAGCCAGCUAAUACAAGGUGUUUCCAAAUGCGACAUUUGAAUGUAAUACUUGUUGAUCUAUUUAAUGAUGCUACAUUAAAGGACUGAUACUCAAGAGACUUCCAUACAUUGAAAAAUCAAGGAGAAAACUAGUAUUAUACUCUAUAAAAACAGUUCAGUAAUACAUUUUGUCCAUACAUUAAAUAUCGACGGAGUUAAUAGUGAUCGUAAACGAAAAAUUGACUACACAUUGAAACUGAGAGAUUGAAGUUAAUGCUUUUUAGUUACAUAGGAUUUAUUUACUGUUACUAGCGGUAUCGUGUACUUACUGCUAUUUUUCAUGGUAUGCCUUGAUUAAUAAUGCACAAGUGUUGAAAAAAAAAAGAACUAUUUCCAGCUGUGUAUAAAUGUACACAAGUGAUACAAAGAGACGUAUGUGAACAUUCUUUCUUUUUUUCUAGUAAACAGUAGAGAGGAAAGCAUAUCAGACCACUGUUAUAAAUAAAUAAUUGUUAAUACAAAAGAGAGACAUAUUUGAUAAUAUGGGAUGAGUGCAAUGCUGGAUGACUGAAAGAUAUAUCAGUGCAUUGAAACACAGAUAUAUUGAUCGCAUAAAUGAUCAUAUUACUACAAAGGGUGAAUG